AUGCAUCAAUUCUUAUCCUCGUCUGUCGCUGCGCUCGCCAUCCUGGCCCUCGGAGGCAAUGCCUCUCCAGUAUCGAGUUCAGCUCCUCCCGCUCCCACCGGAACUGUGUUUCCGUCCGGCUUUGACAUAACUUCGAGCUGGGCCAACCUCAGUCCCUGGAAGGAGCCCCAGGGAUUCAAUGUGUCCAAGGGUGUUCCGCGCGGAUGUGAGCUCUCGCAGGCUCACGUCCUGCACCGACAUGCACAGCGGUACCCCACGAGCUUCCGACUGGAUGGUGGGGGAAUCGAUGCCUUUAGCCAGAAACUGGGCAAUUACAGCAGUCAGCACAACACCAGGGACAUUGGAAAGGGCCCAUUGUCCUUCUUGAACGAUUGGGAUGACCUGCUUGGGAAAGAUACGUUGCUACCCAAGGGAGCAGCCACGGAGGCAACAUCCGGUGCCAAUAUCUGGUCCAAGUAUGGACGGUUCCUGUAUCGAGCAGGGUCGGGCGUCGAACGAUGGAAUUCUUCACUGAAUGUCUAUCCCGACGGAACGGAGAGACCCAAGCCAAUCUUCCGAACAACGACACAGGGCCGGAUUCUGGAGAGUGCGCGAUGGUGGUUGAGCGGAUUCUUUGACAACGAAGGGGCCAAUAGCUCGUACUCAGAGUAUGACCUGGUCAUUAUCCCGGAGGGCAAUGGAUAUAAUAAUACCCUGGGAUCGGACCAUUCCUGUCCAGGCGACAAAACCGCAGGGGCCAAUGCAGGAACUGAGUUCAUCCCUAUUUUUGCCAAGAAUGCCGUGGCUCGUCUCUCCCAGUACCUUCCUGCCGAUUUUAACCUGACUCCAUUCGAUGUGGCUUCCAUGAUGGGGCUCUGCCCCUACGAGUACGCGACGAUGGGCCGGUCGUCAUUUUGCGCCUUGUUCACGGAGCAGGAAUGGCGUGACUACGCUUACGGUGUGGACAUGCAAUUUUAUGGAAACUUUGGCUUUGGUGCGGCCACCGGCAGGGCCCAAGGCAUUGGAUACGUGCUGGAGUUGGCGGCGCGACUGGAAGGUAAGACCAUCUCGUACAGCGACACAAGCAUCAACACCACCUGGGACAAGUCCCCGGAUACGUUCCCCCUGCACCAACCACUGUACAUGGACAUGUCGCAUGAUACUGUCAUCGUGGGGAUCCUAGCCGCCUUGGGUCUCCAAUAUUUCAAGUACGGACCACACGGCCUGCCCUCAACGGUGCCCCAUGCCAUCCCAAAGACGUUCAAUCUCAAUGAGGUGACGCCAUUCGGAGCGAACAUCGUGUCGGAGGUGUGGACUUGUCCCACGGAAACUUCCUUUGACCACUUGGAUGGAGCGAUGUACAGCAACCCCGACCUGUCGUCGACACCGGGCACGAAGGAUUACAUUCGGUUUGUGUUGAACGGGGCGCCAGUGCCUGUGGAUGGAGUCGUGGGCUGCGAGGAUGGCAAGAAUGGGUUUUGUCCGGUGGAGGACUUCCUGAAGGGUGUGCCGAAGCUGAAGGAGGUUGCUAUGUACCAGUAUGCUUGCUUUGGGGACUACCCCACGGGGAAACAAGUUGGGGAUGGACAUCCGGAGUAA